UAUAUAUAGUAAUAGAGUAUUUGUCACAAUUGUCAAUAUUCUUUAUCCGAGAGAAAUUUGUGUUUAUUUCUACAAGAAACAUUAAUUAGAAACGAUGAAUUUAAAAUACUUAUUAUUUUUUUGUUUAGUACAAACGCUACAUUAUUGCUACGCGUAUGGUGAUCCGUCGUCAUCAAAUGAAUUAGAUAGAUUCAACCCAUGUCCUUACAGUGAUGAUACUGUUAAGAUGAUUGUUUUAACAAGGGAAAACCGAACUCAUAAUUUUUAUACACUAGAUACAAUAAAGGAAGACAAUGAAUUUAAGAAAUCAAUCAUAAAACGUCCAAUUGUAUUCCUUACACAUGGUUUUAUUUCAUCUCCAAUCGCAAAAAAUUUCAUGGCUAUGUCAGAAGCUUUGUUAAAUAAAGAUGAUUUUCUUUUAAUCUUGCUCGAUUGGCGUGUGGCUGCUUGUACUUAUGAAUUCUCAGGUAUUAAGUAUGCAUAUUAUCCUAUUGCCGUCAAAAAUAUACGCUUAGUUGGAAAUUAUAUAGCUACGGUUACCAAGAUGCUUGUACAAAAAUAUAAUGUGCCAAUGGCAAAUAUACGAUUGAUUGGACAUAGUUUGGGCGCACAUACUUCAGGUUUUGCAGGCAAAAAAGUUCAAGAGUUAGGAUUAGGAAAAUAUUCUGAAAUUAUUGGGCUUGAUCCUGCUGGGCCUUUCUUCCAGUUAAAUGAUUGUUCUCAGAGAAUCUGUGAGACAGACGCAAAUUAUGUUCAAAUUAUACAUACAUCAAGCUUUAAAGGAACAUUGAGAACCCUUGGAAUUGUCGAUUUCUACAUGAAUAACGGAUAUAAUCAACCUGGUUGUUCUCUUAUUGAUGGAGAUUCUUGUUCUCAUGCGAGAGCCGUGGAAUACUUUACCGAGUGCAUAAGACAUGAAUGUUGUUUAAUUGGAGUCCCACAGUCAAAGAAUCCUCAACCUGUUUCGACGUGCACAAGAAAUGAGUGUGUUUGCGUUGGAUUAAAUGCAAAGACAUAUCCUAAAACUGGCUCAUUUUAUGUACCGGUUGAAAGUAAAGCUCCCUAUUGCAAUAACAAAGGAAAGAAAAUUUAA